AUGGCCACUGCUACUACGUUAACCCUUGGUAGUACUAUGGCCACUGCUACUACGUUAACCCUUGGUAGUACUAUGGCCACUGCUACUACGUUAACCCUUGGUAGUACUAUGGCCACUGCUACUACGUUAACCCUUGAUAUAAACCUAGCCACAAAUGCCCUUUUACAUGUCCUAUUUUCGUUUUUCCAGGCCUUGUUAUUCAACGUUCUCCGUGUCGUAUUUUACUACUUGUUCUGGUGGCCACCGUACCGUAGUAAUCGGUGCCCUGGUGAUGACCUUACUUAUAUUGCCAUAAGCCCACUCCGUGCCCAUCCAUACCCAGUACUACCCUGCCACAACCAGUGUUAUGGUCUGGUGGCACCUUAUCAGCUACCACCGACCCUCGUCGCCUCUUCAGUCACCUUUGUAGACCCUGUUGCCACCAGCACAGGCUUCCAUGUUUAUCAACGUCCAUAA